AUGACUUCAAACGUAUCGAUAAGCGACAUUCCAGAGUUGACGGCCUUGGAACGCGUUGGUCCACGAGGUUACCUACGUUAUGUGUUUCCUAUGCGCCUCGCAGAGGAUUACGAUCGUGACGAGGUUUUCAACGUUCUCAAAAACGGUUACAAAGCUGCGUGUCAGCGAAUCGGCGUCUUAGCAUCUGAAGCUGUUCCAGACCUUGAUUCAAAACAGGCCAAUCUCCUCAAGCUCCAGAGGCUUCCCGGUGAUCAGAUUGGACAUAUUAUCAAUACAGACUUGAGGGGGGAGUAUUCCUGGACCUACGAGCAGCUCAAGGAGAAACAUUUCCCCACCUCAGUUUUCGACGUCGAUCUGCUCAUGCCUGGUCCUCUUUGGCCAGAAGCAGGGAAAUCUGUUCCUAUCUCCCUGGCUCAGGCCAACUUCAUCGAAGGCGGUGUUCUAAUCGGAUGGUGCGUCUUUCACAUGGUGGGCGAUGCUACCACAUACCUCACCUGGACCAAGAUCUGGGCCGAAGAAUGCCGUCGCUGUCAAGGGUUCCAAAUCGAAUCUCCAUUGGUCAUCGAGGAUGCUAUGAUAUCUGAUAGACAACGCGUUACAAAGCCCUCGGGUCGUAACAAGGGACGAGCUAGAGACCACCUCGAGUACACUAUUCUCCCCUUCACUCCCACAGGCGCAUCCCCAGCAAUGCUGAGUUCAACCUUUCGCGGACAGGUCUUUUACUUCUCUCCUUCCUCGCUCCAAGCACUCAAAGCUAAGGCAUCGCCUAUUAAUGUCACCAAAUCCACGGAUCAGAAAUGGAUUUCUACCAACGAUGCCUUUUCAGCUCUUAUGUGGCGAACUGCUAUUGCUGUACAGGCGCCCAUCGACAGUCUCAAUGAUACCGAGGAUCCUCUUUCUGUCUUUAACAUCGCCGUAGACGGCCGCAAACGUACCGAACCACCGGUGCAUCCUGAGACUCUGGGUUGUUUCUUGCAAUAUAUCUCUGUCUCUGCGACCAUUCGCGAGAUAUUGGGCAGUAUGAGCCUGGCCGAUCUCGCUGUUCUAAUUCGUAAGGAAGUAUUACUGCGGCUCAACAACCAGUUCACUGACGACGUGGUCACGCUCAUUGACGAGCUUGAAGAUGUAACUAGGCUAGUCCCGAUAGCAUUUCUCGACGUGCUGGGCAAGAAUUCGGUACAAACGUCUUGGGCUGAGUUUGAUUUGGCAACUGUGGAAUGGGGACAAUUGUUGGGAAACAGGGUGGAGGCUAUCCGUUGUCCGAAUACUGGUAUUCUACCUGGAUGUCAUGUUGUUCUGCCGACAUUGCCUGAUGGUGGUAUUGAGGUUGUGUUUGGGACCGAGGGUAACCUGUUGCAGAAGGUGCUUGAGGAUCCUCUCUGGAUGGAGUUUGCUGAGCCGAGAUGA